AUGUUUGAAGGUAGAAAUGCAUCUGCACAUAAUAUGUUGCUAGGGUUUAUUGCAGGCAUUUCAACAGUUAUGGCAUUAGCCUUAUUGUUCUGUCUCUUCUGGAAAAGGAUUAUUCCAUUUCUUAAACAACCCAACGCUUUGAAAGAAAAAGAGUAUAAAAGCUUGAAAUAUGAUAAAACAUCUUUAAGGUGUUUUAAGAUUGAGGAACUAGAGAGAGCUACACAAAAUUUUAGCCAAGAUUGCUUAUUAGGUUCCGGUGCGUUUGGUAAUGUCUACCAGGGAACUUUUGAGUUAGAAGGAAUAUUAGCCAUAAAGAGACCUCAUUCUGAAUCAUUCUUAAGUGUUGAAGAAUUCAGAAAUGAAGUUAGGCUUCUUUCCGCUGCAAAGCACAAGAAUCUUGUUGGUCUGGUUGGAUAUUGUGAAGAACCAGAACGAGAUGGAGCGAAAAUACUAGUCUAUGAAUAUGUAGCAAAUGGUUCACUCCUUGAGUACAUGAUGGGAAACAAAAGGAGAAGCUUAACUUGGAAGCAAAGAAUAAACAUAGCAAUAGGAGCAGCAAAAGGCAUAGCUUAUUUGCAUGAAGAGGUGAAGCCAAGUAUAAUUCACCGUGACAUCAAACCAAGUAAUAUCUUAUUAGGGGAAGGUUUUGAGGCCAAAGUUUCAGAUUUUGGGUUGGUGAAAUCAGGUCCUACUGGUGAUCAAUCACAUGUGAGCAGCCAAAUCAAAGGGACACCAGGGUACCUUGAUCCUGCAUAUUGUUCAAGCUGCCAUUUGACCAAAUUCAGUGAUGUGUAUAGCUUUGGUGUCAUACUUUUGCAACUUAUUUCAGCUAGACCUGCUGUAGAUAAUGCUGAAAAUGCAAGCAACCAACAUAUUAUUGAUUGGGCAAGGCCUAGCAUAGAGAAAGGUAGCAUUGAAGAAAUCAUGGAUGCAAAUCUAUUUUGUGAAAGUGAGCCAUGCAAUAUGAAAGUUAUGUUGAAAAUGGGACAACUUGGUAUGAGAUGUGUGGCCCAAGAACCAAAACAUCGUCCUACAAUGACCCAAGUUUGUAAAGAACUAGAGCAGGCCCUCUACUCAGAUGAUAACUUCAGAAACAAGGAUUCAGAAACUCUUGGAUCAGUGGAACACUAUGAUUUCUCACAUAGCUUUGUGAGCAUAGAUGGUGUUGGAUUUGAGAAAUUUCAUGUUGAUAUGGAUAGCUUCUCCUUUAAAAGCACAAACUUAAGGUGCCUAGAAAAUAAUAGUAUUAGUAUUGACAUUGACACAAACAAUUUGAGAAGGAUACAAUAA